GGGACUCCAGGCGCGCACGGGCAGUGAACGUCCUGAUCUCCCGCCCUGCUAGGAAGCGGUUACUGCAGAGAUGACACGUGACCGACACCCCCCGCGGCGCUCCCCGGCCUCUGCGGUAACUAAGUCCAUUGACUCACCAGGACCUCGCUGACCUGCACGCCUCGCGCAGAGGACAGAGAGACGGAGCGGGACGUCUGGGUACAGACGGCGUCCCCGCGCCCGGCUGGCGGCUUUCAGGGACGACGCGUGUGCGUGCCCACGGAUGGUUGACACCGUGAGUCCGCACGAUGGAGAGAAGCCUGAGGAAUGUCCUCGUGGUGUCCUUUGGGUUUCUGCUUCUCUUCACAGCCUACGGCGGCCUGCAGAGCCUGCAGAGCAGCCUGUACAGCGAGGAAGGCCUGGGCGUCACGGCGCUCAGCUCGCUCUACGGCGGCGUGCUCCUGUCCUCCACGUGCCUCCCGCCGCUCCUGAUUAAGAAGUUUGGCUGCAAGUGGACCAUCGUCCUCUCCAUGUGCUGCUACGUGGCCUUCUCCCUGGGCAACUUCUACGCCAGCUGGUACACCUUGAUCCCCACCUCCAUAGUCCUGGGUCUCGGCGCAGCCCCGCUGUGGUCCGCCCAGUGCACGUACCUCACCAUCAUGGGAAACACGCAAGCAGAGAAGGUGGGGAAAGUCGGCCGAGACGUGGUGAACCAGUAUUUCGGCAUCUUCUUUCUCAUAUUCCAGUCAUCCGGUGUGUGGGGCAACCUGAUCUCAUCCCUGGUGUUUGGCCAGACGCCCACGCAAGAGGCCAUCCCCGAGGAGCAGCUCCUGUCCUGUGGGGCCAGUGACUGCCUGAUGGCCACGGCGUCCACCAACAGCACGCAGCGUCCCUCGCAGACCCUCAUCUACACGCUGCUCGGCAUCUACACAGUCACAGGGACGAGAACGGCAGCUCUCGAGGACCAGCCCCGGCCCCGGGAACGCGUGCUCUGCACCCCCGGCCCCUGUGCGACGUUCCCCUCCUCAGUGCACCUCCGCCGGCUCUGCCCACACCUCCGGAGAGGGCUGGUUCGCAGCGGCGUCCUGGCGGUCUUGCUCGUAGCCGUGUUUCUCAAACCCAUCAAGGACGCUCAGCAGAAAGACGAUGGAGAGAAGAAAUUACCUUUCUGGUUCACCCUGCUGUCGACCUUCAGGCUCCUUCGAGACAAGCGCCUUCGUCUGCUGGUGCUGCUGCCGGUGUACAGCGGGUUCGAGCAAGCCUUCCUUGCGGGCGACUACACCAGGUCCUACACCACCUGCGCCCUUGGGAUCCAGUUCGUCGGGUACGUGAUGAUCUGCUUCUCGGCCACCAACGCACUGUGCUCCCUGCUGUACGGAAGGCUCUCCCAGCACACGGGCAGGAUCGCGCUCUACGCGCUGGGUGCGGUGACCCACCUGUCCUGCAGCGUCGCCCUCUUGCUGUGGAGACCUGACCCCCGCCAGCUGGCCGUGUUCUUCGUGUUUUCUGGGCUUUGGGGCGUGGCCGACGCCGUCUGGCAGACGCAGAACAAUGUGCUUUACGGCGUGCUGUUCGAGAAGGACAAGGAGGCUGCCUUUGCGAACUACCGCCUGUGGGAGGCCCUGGGCUUCACCGUCGCAUUUGGGUACAGCAAGUUCCUGUGUGUCAGCACCAAGCUCUACAUCCUCCUGGGCGUCCUGAGCCUGGCCAUGGUGGCGUACGGGACCGUGGAGCAUCUGGAGGCCCAGAGCCUGGCCAGGUCAGCUGCCACAGAACAGAAAAAGCCAGCGAAGGAGGCGGUUAUGGAGACGGCCAUGUGAUGGGGACGCACGCCCGCGUGCUCGGGGCUUCUAGACGAUUCUUCCCAGCGGUGUCAGCGGUUUCCAGCCGUCCUGAGCACGUCACAUAGUUACCUGCUUCUGUAUGGUUUUUUUCUCUUCUGACAAGUUUGCAGCCCACCGUGUCUCUGGUGGGGAUGGAGAGUGUGUGCGAAGGAAUCCCUCAACGCCAGACGCAACGGAGACGUCGUCGGCCAGUGGCACCGGGCUUGGGUAGAGCCAGCAGCUCCCACCUGCUGUUGUGCCCACGGAUGCUGCUGUCCGUAAGAAUCGGAAGGAUGUGACGACAGUGCGUGUGACACUAUAAUCGUACCCACGGGUAACCCGACGCGCAGGCAAGUCCGCAGACACCCCCAGGGUCAGUAAGCGACAAAGCCAGACGAGAGUUACUGUGCCUCAAAGUUUACAGACUAUGGGUUUCUAAAUAAAUGUAACUACAGUACAGACGUGUCUC